GCUUAAUAGCUCUUUGUUCCAAUUAGCAAUUUAGAGUACAUCUGUUUGCCACUGCCCUUCUCCACUUAGUCCUACAAGUUAAUAUGUAACACCACUCUGACAAAAAUGCCUUAUUUCCCUUUCUUGUCGAGUGAACGUCGAGUAAAAGCCAGGAGGCUGCACUUGCCUCUUCGGUGGGCGUGUCCACAAAGAUCCACGACACUCCCACGCUGCUUGCCUGUGGAUACUCACAAAUCACACGUGCCACGGAGCGAACGUGAUCUACAAGUAACGCUAGGCGAGCGGAUUUGUAUACUAAUCCAGUCAUUCCAGUUCGUGGUCCCCACCCGGUGUCAUGUCACUUCUUCGUGGGGCAGGCUUGGUGGUCCUGUGCGCGCUCCUUGCGGGGACGCGCGCUCGGCGGAGUUCAACAGAGCAGGAGGAUGUUGAGGAGGAGGUCAACAGCGCCAGAUGCACCUCCAGGUGUCUCACCUUGCACAUGACCCACAUUACUGCUGCUUUCAGACACUUCCAGAGUGACCAAGUUUUGGUUUGGUGUGAGAACAAUAUCCGCUGCGCACAGUGCCUUCAACCAUGCAAAGAGCUUUGGGAAACCAAGAAGAUGCUUUCUCCAAAGUCCUGUGAGAAGCAGACAGAGUGUGUGACCAGUAGAGAGUUUCUGGCUUCUCUGAGGUCGUCCCGACAAGGUGACUGCCCUCCACCUCACCGUGCGGCCGGAUUUGCGGCCGCCUGCGUGGAGAGCUGCUCUCUAGACCGACAUUGUCCUUCACCGAGGAAGUGCUGCUCCAAUGGCUGUGGGCACACUUGUCAAACACCCGCCAAUCUAUAUAAAGGCGUUCCUCUGAAGCCCCGCAGAGAGAUUAGCUUUGUGGAGGAUUCAGUGGGCCGGGUCAAAGUGGUGUGGGUGUCGAAGUUUAAUGUCAGCGUGGAGCCGGUGGUUUACCUGCUCCAGUCACGCUGGAACAGAGGCAUUCACCCCAGUGAAGAUCAUGCUUCCCCAUGGACGACUGCUGCCAUGGCACUUUCUCAGGAUUCACUUCUGUCAGAUUUGAGACCUCAGCGCUGGUACCAGUUCAGAGUGGCAGCAAUAAACAGUCUAGGCACCAGAGGCUUCACUACACCGGGCAGACACUACAUUUCCAGUAAAGACCCGUCACCUCCAGAACCACCAGUAAAUAUCCGAGUGGGCAACCAGACCCUGGUUUGGACGGCUUCACAAGCGGGGUCCCGCCUCACAGAAAGGUCAGGGGGAAAUGGGAUCACUGUGGCCGUCUUGAUACGCUGGGACCCCCCUGGGGAGGGAGACCUUCCAGUCCACAACUACAGAGUCACCUGGGCGUCUCGCCGUACGACGUCCAAACCCACAAGCACACAUGCAUUGCGCACACAGCUUACACAGCCACGUGCACUGCGGCAGAGUAAAAAGGGAAUCAACAGCAAAGUGACUCAGGGGGUGCUGUGUGAGCUGUGGUUACAGGGUCUUCUUCCUGCAGCUUCCUACUUCCUGUCUGUUCAGUCGGUGGCCUACUGGGGUCAGAAGAGAUUAAAGAGCUCGAGAGCCCACAUUGUCUUUACUACGCUGUCUUAUAAAGAUUCCACCAAAGCAGAAGACUUCUCCAAUGAGCUCCCCUUCACGUCGUCCUCAUCAUCCCCAUCGCUGCCUUUGUCUCCUUCCCUACCGUCCUCAUCCUCACCCGAGCGUCCUCUCUUGUCUUCUCCACCUCAUCCGGAAUCCCCUCUCAACCCAAUCAUCCCCGGUGAUCUUCGCCUGGGGGUUGCUGCCCCCUAUUACCAUAAUGGUCAGCUGCAGGUCAAAGUGUUCUGGAAGAGGUCUAACCACGCCAGACUUCGUCACCCGGGUGAAUACGUUUUGCGGUGGCGUCCACAUACCUGCAGCACUAAUAUCACAGGCACUGGGGGCACAGCAAGCGUGCAGGGUACCCAUUACACCAUCACAGGCCUACUGUUUGCCUGUAAGUACUGGGUGGCUGUGGCAAUGAAGACGGAUCCUGGGUCAGAGGCUGUUGCCUGGGUUACUACUCCGACUUGCUCCUCCGUCCGGGUCAAAGAAAGCCAAGUUUUACCCUGCUACGCUGAAGAGCGCCCCCCAGCAGGCAGAAAGGUGGUACUCCGUCCCGAGCGGCUCACAGCAGAGUUUUAUCAAGUCAAUGGUACGUUGCUGGCUGUAUUUCGCUGGCGGGUAUCCCAGCAUGCACUGGACAUGGCAGAAGUUGAAGGGUUCCAGUUCACGUGGGUGCUGCAGUCAGGAGUUACCAUGAGGACAAAAGGCCAGGAGGACAUGCUUAUCUCGCAGACGCAGACAGUUGCACCGUCUCAGCGGGCAGUGAUGGUUCAUGGCCUCCAGACUGACAGUAUUUACCAAGUGCAGCUUCAGGUUUUAACAACAGGGGGCAGCAACGGUGCCGCGGUCUCCAAAACGUUUCAAACUCCUGUAAAUGACACACCAUUGUGAGAUCUACGUGCUACAGGACUCUGCUGCACCAUUGUUUUCUUUUUACCAACAACUGGUAUGUCAUUCGAGAUGCAACUUGUUUUAAUUUAAAGGUCGAAUGAAGCACAUUCAGAAGAAGUAUUCUCCCCUCUUGCAUUGAUUGUUUUGUAAGCAGACAUCAUUUUAAGGGGUCAGGUGACAGUUCCUUAUUACAGAUAAUGUAAAAAGUCAAGUCUGCAACAGUAAUAUACAGUACAUCACACUUCUCCCAAAGACAUUUGCUGAACUAAAGAUGAAUGCACUCAACUUCACUGGAACCAAAUGACACCCUUAGGGAGGUGUUGGCACCAAUUUUGUAUUAUAUCAUGUAGAAAAUGAUUUAGCACUGACCUUAUGUACAAAUACAAAUAUAUAGAUUGUGUUUAUUUCAGAGGGACUGCAAUGUUAUCUUAAAUGUGGUUCUUUUUGCUGAAGAAAACUCAAAUAUAGUGUAUUUUAGAUAUUGUUAUUUUUCAACUUUGUACUCAAAUGUGUAUGAAUGUGUUUGUUUGAUACAUUUUUGGUCUGUUCAUGAUAUUGCGUUAUACUAUUCAGGACUUUUCCACACUGUUUUAUUGGGCUCGUGGAAGAAAGAGGAUUUAAAUGUUAGUGUACCCCGUCCCCAAGGAUCACUCUUGUUACCCUUCAUGUUGCCAUUUUUUAUGUAUAUUUUUUAUUCUAGUUACUUCAGUUUUGAGCAUAUUUCAUUGUAUGCAUCAAUUGUUGUAUUUAUUAUUUUCCUGUAUUUGUUAUUAAAUGUGUGUUGCGUCAA